GGUGGCGGAUUUAGAGUUGCCACUUGGACCCGGAUUGCCCGAAUUCCUAUACCGGCCUGGACCCGAGUCCGACCGGUCGGGUAUGGAUCCCUUAUAAGCCUAAUCCACCUUAGAUGCCGGUCCGGAUCCGAAUCCAAAUCAGAAUCCGAAUCGAGAUCUGGAUUUAGUAAAUGCAUCAGAGGCAUACCCGAUCCUGACCCGAAAAUUUAGCUUGUGUGGAAGGUGGAAACAAACAUUACUGGCGCUCGCAACGUUUCUCCCAAGAACGCGUUUCUGAAUUGGCAUUGCAGAUACAACGAUGACUGACGGAAGCGGAAUCCCUCAGCCGGUUCGCAGGUUGGCCUCUGCUGCAGCGUUCCUUGUUGGGGGCAUCGUCACUCUCUCGCUCGCUUCGUCGAUAACCAUCCGAUCUUUGCAGUCAUUUGCAGAAGCAAAGAGGAAGAAAUCGGCGCUACCGUGUAAGGUUUGUCAGGGGAAGGGCUUCUAUCCAUGCAAACUCUGCAAAGGAAAUUCUACGAUCGAAUGGUCUCCGCUCUACGAUCCUAUCGUCAUCAGCAAAUGCCUCUGCCCGACUUGCGAGGGGAACAGAGUGCAGCGCUGUCUAAACUGUCUCGGCAAGGGUUAUGCGUAAUCAUAUGCUUCUUCGGGUCUUUGUCACACUUUGAGCUCAGUAAGGGUUUGUUUAUGCGAUUACGGCGCAUCUCGUAAUAUGAUGCUUGUUGUAGAAAGCGAGUUACUAUAAGUUUCUUUACAAUCUACAAUUGUGUAAUGCUCGGCAAUAAUUGCAUUUCAAGUUAUCAAGUAAUCACUUAGCUUAGCUUCUAUUUCAUUGAUCG